AUGCUUGAUAGCAAUCCAGCCGCGAUGCCAAUCGACUUAAAUCAGAAAAUAAGUGCUAAAAUGUCUCCAGCAAGCGAAGUUGAUAAACAAGAGAUGGCGAAAGUUCCUUAUAUGCAAGCAAUUGGGUGUCUGCUAUUCGCGGCACAAACAACACGCCCUGAUAUUAGUUUUGCGGUAAAUCUUCUUAGUCGUUUCUCCACAAACCCAGGAAAGGCGCAUUGGGCCGCAGUGAAACGUGUGAUGCGAUACUUAAAGGGUACCAUAAAGUACGGCAUAUCGUAUAACAAAGAAGCUUGCAAUCUGACUGGGUUUUGUGAUUCGGAUUGGGCUAGCGAUCUCGAUGAAAGACGUUCUACAACUGGCUAUUUAUUCAAGCUGCAAGAUGGCCCGAUCUCUUGGUGCACCCGAAGGCAGCGAACUAUCGCUCUUUCUUCUACUGAGGCCGAAUUUAUGGCCAUGACGUCGGCAAUUCAAGAGGCAACGUGGUUAAUGCGCUUACAGAAGGAGUUAACACCAGACACUGCAGAAACUCUAGUACUCCAUUGUGACAACAAGAGUGCAAUACAAGUGGCUUUGAAUAACUCUUAUUCACCUCGCACAAAGCAUGUUGAUAUAAAAGACAAAUUUAUCCGUCAACAUUUGGAAAGUGGCAAAAUCAAGCUGGUCUACAUACCAACCAAGGAGAUGUUAGCUGAUAUCCUGACAAAAGGUGUAUCUAAAGUUAUUCAUAUUAAUCUUUCUUCAUUUGCAAAUACCGUAUUUAAAUGA